AUGAGCUGGAUCAUGACCUUCACGGUUGCAGCUGUGUGCUUUGUGACACUGUCGUUAGAGGCGGUUCAUGCAGCCCAAGGCCACUUCGCAUAUCAACUGCUAAAUGACCUUAUGGAGAAUUAUUCGAACGAGCUGAGGCCCGUGGAAGACACUGACAAAACACUCAAUGUCACACUGCAGGUCACAUUGUCUCAGAUUAAAGACAUGGACGAGCGUAACCAAGUUCUUAUAGCUUACCUGUGGAUAAGGCAGACAUGGUAUGAUGCCUAUCUGAAGUGGGAUAAAGACGACUAUGAUGGCCUCGAGGUCAUCCGCAUCCCCAGCAGCAUGGUGUGGAGACCCGACGUAGUGCUUUACAACAAAGCUGAUGACGAUUUGCCCGGCCCAAUGGACACUAAUGUUGUGCUGCGAUACACCGGUGAGAUCACAUGGGAUGCCCCAGCCAUCACCAAAAGCUCAUGUGUGGUGGACGUGUCCUACUUCCCUUUCGACAGCCAGCAGUGUAAUCUCACCUUUGGCUCUUGGACCUAUAACGGCAAUCAGGUGGACAUCACCAUGGCGAUGGCUAGCGGUGACCUCUCGGACCUAGUGGAGAAUGUGGAGUGGGAGUGUGACGGCAUGCCUGCCACCAAGAAUGUGAUCAUGUACGGCUGCUGCUCGGAUCCGUACCCGGACAUCACAUACACACUGCUGCUACGCAGACGCUCCUCGUUCUACGUCUUCAAUCUGCUGCUGCCUUGCUUCCUCAUCUCCUUCCUGGCGCCACUUGGCUUCUUCCUGCCUGCAGACUCAGGUGAAAAGGUCUCGCUGGGUGUCACUGUGCUGUUGGCGCUCACUGUUUUCCAGCUGGUGGUGGCCGAGAGCAUGCCACCCUCUGAGAGUGUGCCGCUCAUAGGUAAAUACUACAUUGCGACGAUGACAAUGAUCACAGCCUCCACCUCUCUCACCAUCUUCAUCAUGAACAUUCACUUCUGUGGUGCUGAAGCCAAACCAGUCCCUCACUGGGCCAAAGUGCUCAUCAUUGGCUACAUGAGCAGGAUCUUCUUUGUCUAUGAAGUUGGAGAGAGCUGCACCUCAUCACUAGCACGGAAGAAAGAUGUGGAGAAAUGCCAUACACAGAAACCAACCAAGCAAAAUCCAGAACCAACCAGGACCCCUUCAGGUCUCACUUGCUGUCCUGAUGAUGAAAAACUACUUUCCCCAAAUGUGACCUAUGACCCCUGUAUAUUUUGUGGGCCGCAUUGUGGUGGUUUUGGGGGAGACCUGAAGCUCAUCAAGAACGUCGAGUACAUUGCGAACUGCUUCCGGGAGCAGAAGUUGACUUCCCUGAAAGUAGCUGAGUGGAAAAAGGUGGCCAAGGUGAUGGACAGGUUCUUUAUGUGGAUCUUCUUUGCUAUGGUCUUCCUUAUGAGCAUCCUCAUCAUCGGCAAGUCGUCAUGACCACAUAGAACUACAUGAAUGCUUGUAUGUACAUAUAAACGCACACAUACAUAACCGACUGUGAGCAGUGUGUCAGAUAGUGAGUCUGAAACUGGAUGCCGUGUGUGUUCUCCUGUUCCUCUCUCGUUCCUGUGGUAAUUAUUAGUGCAUUGGAAUCAAAAUACUGCAUUGUUAAUGAUGAGCCAGUUGGGAAGUGAGAAACAUUUUGAAUGAGAGCUCUAGAAAAGAACAAAUAUGCAGUCCAGAACACUAUAAUGUACAUGACUGGUGAUGCACAAGAAUGAUGAUGGAUGGCUAAAUUUAAUGGAUGUUGAUGACUGGCUGAAAUUUUAAUUUGGCUCCAGAACCCUUAUGGCUGCUGUUUGAAAUACAGAAUGCUUAUGAUUGAUGAUGCUUAUAACUAAUGAUUCUGAAUCGAAUGCACACAAUUGGCAAAGAGUUCCAGAACUCCACAAUACACAUGAUUGGCUGAAACUUCCUAAAUAAAAUCUGCAUGAUUGGUUCAAGGUUCCAGAACAGCAUGUGCACAAAUGGCUGAGCAACCCAGAAUAAAAUGCACUUGAUUGGCUAGCAGUUCAGGAUCUCCAGAAUGGACAUGAUUGGCUGAAAAUUCCAGAAUAGAGUGUAUAUGAUUGUUUGAGACUUCCAGAAUAGAAUACAGAUUAUUACCUAAGAGUUCCAGAACUCCAGAAUGCACAAUGAUUGGCUGAGAUUUCCAGAACAGCUUGGGUAUGAUUGUCUGAAGGUUCAAGAAGAAAAUGUGUAUAAUUGGCUGAGAAGUUCCAGAAUAGAAUGUGUAUGAUUGGUUGAGAGUUCCAGAAUAGAAUGUGCAUGAUUGGCUAUGAGUUCAAGAGGAAUACAUAUGAUUGGCUAAGAGUUACACAUUGACUGCACAUUGAUUGAAUUGAUUGCACACGAUUGGCUUAGAGUUCCAGAACAGAAUGUCCAUGAUUGGCUCCAAGUUCCAGAACACCACAAUAAACAAGACUGGCUGAGAAUUCCAGAAUAGAGAAUGUGUAUGAUUGGCUUAGAGUUCCAGAAUGGAAUGCCCAAUGAUUGGCUGAGAGUUCCAGAGUAGAAAACACAUGGCUGGUUAAGUGUCCCAAAACAGAAUGCACAUUGUUACCUAACAGUUCCAGAUCUCCAGAAUGCACAUGAUUGGCUGAGAUUCCCAGAGUAGAAUACACAUGACUGGUUAAGUGUUCCACAACAGAAUGCACAUUAUUACCUAACAGUUCCAGAUCUCCAGAAUGCACACGAUUGUCUGAGAUUUCCAGAGUAGAAUGCACAUGAGUGCCUGUAAGAUCCAGAAUAGAAUGCUCCUGAUUGGCUAAGAGUUCCAGCAUAGCUUAUGCAUGAUUGGUUGAGAGUUCCAGAACAGAAUGCACUUGAUUGGCUAUGAUUUCCAAAACUGCACAUGGUUGGUGAUUGGCCAAAGUUUCUGGAACUGUAGUAUGCACAUGUAGCCUGACAUCUAAAAUAGAGUGCGAAAGAUUGGCUAAGAGUUCUAGAAUAAAAUCAUUGUCUCAAAUUUCAAACUCUAUAAUGGCCAUGUUUAAGCUGUAGUUAGUUCCUUAAUAACCAGAACCCAACUGAUGAUUGGCUCAAAUGCCAAAUUGCAAGUGAAUGGCUGAGAGCUCCAGAAUAGCUUGUGCACUAAUUCCUGAGAGUUCCAUAAUUGAAUGCACAUGAUUGGCUGAGAGCUCCAGAAUGGAAUGUGUAUGAUUGAAUAGGAGUUCCAGAAUAGAAUUUGCAAGAAUGUCUGAGUUCCAGAAUAGUUACAUAAAAGAUUGUACAUGAUUGGCUGAGCAUUCCACAAUAGAAUGCACAUAAACUCCAGAAUGGACCCCGUUGUUGAUUAUUUUCCAACAACAGCACACCUGUUAUAUUUUAUUUUAUACUUAAAAAAUGGUAGGAUCAUAUUGUAUUGCUCUGUUGCCUCCACUAGAGUGCAGCAUUCUCUAAUACUUACUAAGUCUGUCUCUAUGACCUAUACAAUGAACAGAUGGAGUAUCCUGGUGAGUAUGUAGUACAUGACUCACCAGCCAAGAAAAGCCAAGAAAAGUUUGUGUUUUACUUGUUGAAGAAUUCCUUGUAUUGAAUUCUACUACUAUAUGAAAUAACAUAACAAAUAAAAGUGAAAUAAAAAUGAAUUUUGGCAGUGGACCUGAUGUGGAAAGCAUUUCAUUGCAUGCAUACAUACAUAAGAGUAGAGGGGCACGGUGGCAUGGGGGUUUCAGUCCCACCUCCACCCUGCAUGCACAGAGUUUGCAAGUUCUCCCUGUACUUCGGGGGCUUCCUCAGGGUACUCCGGCUUGCUCCCCCCACUCCAAAGACAUACAUUGUAGGCUAAUUGGCAUUUCCAAAUUGUCCAUAAUGUGUGAAUGAGAGUGUGCGCAAUUGUACCCUGCGAUCGGUUGGCACCUCAUACAGGGUGUCCCACGAUUUGUGUCUUGAGUUCUCUGGGAUGGGCUUCAGGUUCCCCGCCACCCUGUAUAGGAUAAGAGGUACAGAAAAUGGAUGGAUGGAUGGACAGACAUAAGAGCGUGAGAGUGUGUUUAAGACAGACUAAGGAUUAGGGAAUGCAAUCACAGAAGAUGUAAACUGUUUCACAGCAUGUGGCAGAAUGGCAGAUUGAAGCUCCAGUCUCGAGUGUUUCAGAGUGUUGAAUCAGCAGCUCAGGAUGAAAAGCCCUUUUCUAAGUGAGCGACUCACAAUGCAGAGCUCUGCUCCAUCUAAAUGCUUACGAGUGCAAUUACCCAAGCCCUUUGCUCAAUCAGACCAGAUUUACUUCCAAACGGCCAAUGAAUCUCAUCAUUAUACGAUGGCAGGGCCACAUCUGGAGCACACUGAUAGGAGAUGCACCUCGACUGACCAUCUUUAUGAGGCAGAGAGAGAGAGCUAGAGAGAGAAUGAGAAUAGUUUAUGAUGAAACACACCUUUCCUUUGGCUAUUAGGCCAUGGCAGGCUACAGAAGAUUUUUUUCUGACUAGAGAUGGUUAUGAUUUAUUAUUAUUAUUAGUAAGAGCAUUUUAAUUUAGAUUUGUCAGUGUCAUUAUAAUUUUCUACAGAAGUGAUCAGAAGGCUGUGAGUUUUAAUCUCACAAAUAAAUGCCAUUAUCCACACACAGGU